AUGAGCUACUUAGACGGGCAGAGCUUCGAAAUGCAAAACGCCACAGCAUCCGCGGCGUCCACGUACCCCAAGACGAACCGGUUCAGGGAUGGUGGUCGCGCUGGAGAUCUGCACAGACAGACCAGCACGGCCCCGGCCUCUUUCCACCGAAGACGUGACGAGCACGAGGAAGACGACAUUGAAGAGGGACUGGUGGAGGACGACAGCGGGCAAGAAAGCUACACCGUGCGUGAUAUGCAGAAUCUAGGACGUCCAGCUUCGCCCUACUACGAGAGGCCCCGGACCCCUGAACUGAAGCCUCUCUGGGGGGAAACGCAGAGUGCUGAGGCGGCGGCGCUGAUGGAGGGGAAAAAGGCCUAUUCUCAAUCGUCGAGUAUGAAGCCGAAUAUCAUCAACGAACUGGGAAACAAACUGCAGCACAGGAGCAAGGAGAGCUGGAGCAGCCAAAGAGCUCUGAGCAGACACAGAUUUUCCGAAGACUCUGCCUCCGCUCUGAGCCCUCCAUCGGUGCGCUCCCUCUCCCCGUCUCCCAUCUCCCUCUCCCAGCCCACUCUGUCCCCAUCGCCCACUCCGGCUUCUCAGUAUCAAAACUGGGCUCGCUCUCCCUCACCACAGCCGCAGAUCCAGCCUCAGAUCCAGUCGCAGCCGCCCCGCUCCCACUCCCCCAUCUCCCCCACCGGCUACUCCCCUUACCCCACCUCCCCCAAACACCGGCCCGUCUACCGCUCCAAAGCUCUGGAGUUUCAGUUUAUUCCCAGUCGAGAUUCCCGGAAGGCCGACUCGCACAUUGCCCGCAGACGUGCCCCUAGCCCUCUCAUCUCCCCAACUGAACGACCCAAACACGCACCUCCAAGGCCUUCGUCUUUGCCCCUCCUCCCCACGUCUCCGCUCUAUAGCGCCCUCUACGACUUGCGAGGGUCGAUAACGCCUCCGUCUCCUGCAAACCCACUGGGAGAUCCUUAUUUCUCGCCUUCUCCUCCAUUAUUCGCUCCGUCCGGUGCUCCUCCGCCUCCAAACUCUUCUCUACUCGUUUCUCGAUCUCUGUCUCCCACUCAUUUCUUGUCGGGGACGUCUUCGCCGCCGUUACACCCCAUUCCUCCCCCGCCCUGCUUGAGUUACCCGCACCUGCCUCCCCCGUCUCCCACAAAGCCCUUUGCCUCCAAGCCUCUGCCCUAUUGGACUAAGUACGACGUGGCGGACUGGCUGGCCUACCUGAACCUGGGGGAGCACAGGGAGAGGUUUUUGGACAAUGAAAUAGACGGGACACACUUGCCCUCGCUCACCAAGGAGGACUACCUGGAUCUGGGCGUCACGCGAGUGGGACACCGCAUGAACAUCGAGAGGGCCCUGCGGACGGUUAUAGACAGCCGUCACCACCGACUGGAGCUUCCCCCUGAUCAAAGACCUCAGGUCUCCCUCUCCGCCAUCUCCCUCUCAGCCAUCUCCCUCUCAGCCAUCUCCCUCUCAGCCAUCUCCCUCUCAGCCAUCUCCCUCUCAGCCAUCUCCCUCUCAGCCAUCUCCCUCUCAGCCAUCUCCCUCUCAGCCAUCUCCCUCUCAGCCAUCUCCCUCUCAGCCAUCUCCCUCUCAGCCAUCUCCCUCUCAGCCAUCUCCCUCUCAGCCAUCUCCCUCUCAGCCAUCUCCCUCUCAGCCAUCUCCCUCUCAGCCAUCUCCCUCUCAGCCAUCUCCCUCUCAGCCAUCUCCCUCUCAUCUCCUCAGCCAUCUCCCUCUCCUCCCUCUCAGCCAUCUCCCUCUCAGCCAUCUCCCUCUCAGCCAUCUCCCUCUCAGCCAUCUCCCUCUCGCCAUCUCCCUCUCGCCAUCUCCCUCUCCGCCAUCUCCCUCUCCGCCAUCUCCCUCUCCGCCAUCUCCCUCUCCGCCAUCUCCCUCUCCGCCAUCUCCCUCUCCGCCAUCUCCCUCUCCGCCAUCUCCCUCUCCGCCAUCUCCCUCUCCGCCAUCUCCCUCUCCGCCAUCUCCCUCUCCGCCAUCUCCCUCUCCGCCAUCUCCCUCUCGCCAUCUCCCUCUCAGCCAUCUCCCUCUCAGCCAUCUCCCUCUCAGCCAUCUCCCUCUCAGCCAUCUCCCUCUCAGCCAUCUCCCUCUCAGCCAUCUCCCUCUCAGCCAUCUCCCUCUCCGCCAUCUCCCUCUCCGCCAUCUCCCUCUCCGCCAUCUCCCUCUCCGCCAUCUCCCUCUCAGCCAUCUCCCUCUCAGCCAUCUCCCUCUCAGCCAUCUCCCUCUCCCCCCAGUCUGUCGCUCGGAUCAUCUCUGACAGACCCACUGUGGCCUCAGUUCUCCGUCUGA